AGACAGAGGAGCAGACUAUAACCGGAGUGCUUAUUAAGUCUAAGCAGCACUUUUGACUGGUUAAAUUAGUUCUACCUAACCUUGCUCUGUCCAGCUUCAGCCUUACAUGUUAUUUCUGCUGGGUUCAUGCUCCGCAUCGCACGCGGAUGAACAUUUUUUCUCCGCACUUUUCUUCAUGGAAAGUGGACUCAGUGAUGUUCGCUUAGCAUGGCCGUGGCUCCUUCACCGGAGCCGGUAUGGCUUUUAGCCGCGUCCGCAAACUGGACGCCCGGUCCCGAGGCAUCCUCUUCAGGAAGGCGGUGGUCAUGCUCUGCUCCCUCCUCGCCCCUCUCAUCCUCCUGCACCUCCUGGCUGAGCGCUGCGCCUCGCCCUCGCCGGUCAGAGGCUCCCCGCGGACCAAGCGGCUGGUGAGCGAAUGGAGCGCCGGUUCGGACCCGGCUGGCCGCGCGGUCGCCGGAGGGGCUCUGGCGCGUGCGCGCGCGGGGGCCAUGGUUUGGCAGCUUCCAGAGGAGUCCCCCGCUCCGCCGGCGCCGCCGGAUCUGGUCGCGUCACCCAGGUUCGCAGGUAAAGUCAGCCCGCUCGGGGAGGGGAGCAAGAAGCUGCCGCAGGCUCUCAUCAUCGGGGUGAAGAAAGGAGGGACCCGGGCUCUGCUGGAGUUCCUGCGGGUGCACCCGGACAUCAGGGCCGUGGGAGCGGAGCCGCACUUCUUCGACCGCAACUACGACUACGGACUGGAGUGGUACAGGGAUCUGAUGCCAAAAACCCUGGAGGGCCAGAUCACCAUGGAGAAAACACCCAGCUACUUCGUGACCAGAGAGGCUCCGGCGAGGAUAUCCGCCAUGUCCAGGGACACCAAACUGAUCGUGGUAGUGAGGGACCCUGUCACCAGAGCUAUCUCAGACUACACGCAGACUCUGUCUAAGAAGCCUGACAUCCCCUCCUUUGAGAGUCUCACCUUCAAAAACAGGACUACUGGGCUCAUUGACACCUCAUGGAGCGCGAUCCAGAUCGGCAUCUACGCCAAGCACCUGGACAACUGGCUGCAGUACUUCCCCAUGGACCAGAUCCUCUUUGUUAGCGGCGAGCGUCUGAUCAGCGACCCGGCCGGAGAGCUGGGCCGCGUGCAGGACUUCUUGGGCCUCAAGAGGAUCAUCACGGACAAACACUUUUACUUCAACCAGACCAAGGGGUUUCCGUGCCUCAAGAAGGCGGAGGGCAGCAGCAAGCCCCACUGCCUGGGAAAAACCAAAGGGAGAACCCAUCCGAACAUUGACCCCGAGGUGGUGCAGAGGCUACGGGACUUCUACAGGCCCUUUAACAUGAAGUUCUACCAGAUGACGGGACGUUUUUUUGGCUGGGAUAACUGAAUGUCUUUUUGUGUUUUAUAAGGUGGAGUGACAGAAAUCCAGUUUGGGGUGUUAGACAUAAACUUGAUGGUAUGAGAAUUUGACACUUUGUGAUUGAAGUUGGAUCGCAGUGAGGGUAAACGUGUAACUAAAUUUAGUUUUGUCUCCUUAUUAAAAAAAGUUAAAAUUUACUUUGAUAUUAAAGUUUUUUUUAUUCCCCCAAAAUUUAAAUAUAGAUACACUUGUGUUGUACAUACAGUAGUUGAAUCCCAACGUUAAACUUUACAUGCAGUAUAAAAAAAUACGUGUUUUUUCUUUCUCACUGUAUGAAUUUAAAUCAGACUAAACUUUUUCUUUUGUGGGUGAUUUAGAAUAACAAAAAGUGUUCCAAUUCCUUCAGAACUAAAAGAAAAAAUAAUCUGCAUUCAGAAAUAUACAUACAUUUCUUGAAUACUUAGUGGAAUUGCUCUUUAAACUUGGGUCAGAGAGUUUGGGUAUUUUUCCAUCUAGUUUCUCACAAUAGCUUGCUAGAAUUUUGACCCAUUUUACCCGACAGAUCUGACGUAACUGUGUCAGGUUUGCAGGUUGCCUUACUCUUCUCUGUCCACAAAUGUUCUGUGGGACUGAGAUCAGAGCUUUAUGAUGGCCACUCCAAAACAUAUAACUUGUUGCCCUUGGGUCACUUCGUAAUUUGAUUUAGUGGUAUGCUUCAGAUCAUUGUCCCUUUGGAGGAGACGUCUGCACCCGAUCUUUCAGGCUGAUGUCUUGAGGUGUUCUUUCAGUAUUUCCUCACUAUGUUCUUUCCUUAUGAUGGUUUCGUUUGAGAAGUGUGCCAGUCCCUCCUGCAGCAAAACAUUCACAAAACCUGAUGCUGCGAGCCCCAUUCAUACAUUACAGUUUACAGUCCUAUUUUUUCCUCCAUAUAUAACAACAGACGUUAUAUCCAAGUAGUAAGAUGUUGAGGUUAUCACACUAUUUGACACGUUACCAUAAUUAAAAUGUUUUUCAAUGAGUGAAUUUGGUUAAAUAUGGUUUUGAUUUUGUUUUUAUUGAAGCUUCAAGCUUGUUCGUACAGAAAACAAUGUUUUACCAGCCUCAACCAGCGCCAUGCCUUUUCUUCAAGGGUUAAGAUGCACAUUUCUACACAAGGAAGCAGGGUGAGAAUGAAGUGUUGCCUUUAGAUAAAUCUACAGGUGUGCCCCCAGUUAAAUACUUUGUGAAUUUACCAUUACAUCAUCAUCUUGGCUUUUAUAAGUUAUUCAACACAAAUUUUUUUGUAC